AUGACGUCAUGGAGAAACGAGAUGAGAGGAAGGGUGGAGCUCGGGGAGCCAGGCUACCCUGGUGCUGAUGGACUCCCUGGACUGGUUGGAUACCCUGGAAACGAGGGCCACCCCGGGCCCCUGGGAGCAAAGGGAAUUCCCAGCAAGGAAGGAACUAUGGGCCCACCCGGAAUCCCAGGAUGCAACGGGACAAAGGGGGAAAUCGGAUACCCGGGGCUCCCUGGGCUCCCAGGACCUUCUGGCUGUGCGGGAGAUUCUUUCUUCUUUAAUCCACCCCCAAAUGUCAAAGGAGUGCAGGGUCAGCAGGGACGAGAUGGAGAGAAGGGGGACAGUGGAUUUCCAGGUGAACCAGGCCUACCAGGACCCCCAGGACCCCCAGGAGUCCCAGGAACCCCAGGAGUACCAGGACUGCAAGGAGAGAAGGGCCAGGAGGGUCUUAGUCCUGUGAUUCCAGGACCCAGAGGACUGAAGGGUGACAGAGGUCCACCUGGGAUUCCGGGCCAGAAAGGAAUCAAACUUUAUGCCGAGGGACCAAAGGAACUCAAGGGAGAGCCUGGUGAAGUUGGAGAUAAAGGCUGCCCUGGAACACCUGGACUGGCGGGGCGACAAGGAAACAAGGGGGUGAAAGGGGGGAGCGGUGACCCUGGAGCUCCGGUAGGAGUGUUAGCAGGGAAUGAAAUCCUACUGGUGCUGUUUUACACCUCCUGGAGACCAAAUGAGUAUCUCAGUACAUACUGUCUUCGUAUUUCAGGGGGGAGCCUGGAGAACGUGGCUAUCUGGGGCCUCCUGGACUCGACGGAGCCAAGGGCCUUGCGCUCGAGGUUGGUGCAGCCAGCCAGGAUACUCUCCAUGUUGCGUCAGUGGAAACUUCAGGGUGUCCUGGAGUCCAUGCCAAACUCCCUCAGCCUACGGAGGAAGAGGAAUCCUCUCGCCGCCUUGACAACGGUGCCACAUAUUCAGGUCAAUAAUGUCCUGCCAGGCAAGCGUGGGGCUCCUGGCGCUGCUGGACCACAAGGACUUUCUGGAGAGCAAGGCAUUAUAGGUUUUCCUGGACUGCAGGGCGAGCCAGGUGUGGGCAUUCCCGGUCCUCCUGGGCCCCCUGGGCCCCCAGGCCAAACUGGAGACAAAGGAGACAGAGGAGAACCAGCUCCAUUUAUUCAGGGGCCACAAGGACAAACUGGAUCCCCAGGAAUCAUUGGACCUGUAGGAGAACAAGGAGACCCUGGAAUACCAGACUUUUUACAGGGAGAUGUGGGCCCUACAGGCCCCAGAGGAGUUAAGGGCCUCAGAGGAUCUGCUGGAAAUAGAGGAAGGAAUGGAGAGAAAGGUGAAAAGGGGGAUGUGUGUAGAAACUGCGCUCUAUUUUUAUCUGUGGCCGGACCUCCUGGACCUCCUGGAGCACUUGGCAACCCAGGCGAAGCAGGUCGGGUUGGCCCUCCAGGGAUUAAAGGUCACAGAGGGGUCAAAGGUCUUCGAGGAAGUCCUGGUCCUCAGGGGCUGUUUGGUAUACCAGGUGUGAUUGGACCCCCAGGGCUCAAAGGUGAGAAAGGCUUCUUGGACAAAACUGGGGAGAAGGGAGAGAUGGGGGACCCUGGUAUGCCUGGAGAGCUUGGCCCUCAAGGAGUCAAUGGAUCCCCUGGUCUCCCCGGCCUGAAAGGCAUCAUGGGAAUCACGGGCAACCCUGGGCCUCUAGGGCCCAAAGGUGAAAGAGGCCUAGCUGGAGUGAAUGGUCCUAGAGGACGCACAGGACAGAUGGGGAUCCAAGGUGCCCCUGGAAUUGGGCCCCCCGGUCUCCCAGGGCCAAAGGGAAACCUUGGGAUUUUGGGACAGCGUGGCAACCCUGGAGAUCCAGGCGAGAAGGGAGCUGUUGGUAAAACCAUCACAACCCCAGGAGAUCCAGGUCACAAGGGAGAGAAAGGCUUCUCGGGCAACCCUGGACCCCAAGGAACCACAGGCCUUCCUGGCUUCCCUGGACUCCCAGGUCUGAAAGGGGAACAGGGAGACGAGGGCCUUCAUGUCCAGGGUCCUCCAGGAAACACAGGGCCUAAAGGAGAGAAGGGUCUCCCUGGAGUUCCUGGAUCACCGGCGUUUGGAAGCCGAGGACGACCGGGACCUUCGGGAGCCCCAGGCAUGCCGGGAACUAAGCGGGAUGGUCAUGGCAGGGCAUCUAGGCUUGGGUUUGAGUCGCAGAUGGAGCUUGGAGAUGACCAGCCUAUGAUCCGUCCAACAAUCAUCGGCAUGUGGGAGUGCCUUGGUGACAUUGACGUUGGAUCGGUCCUUCAUGCGUACAAUCACAAAGUCAAUGAGAUGCCAGUGGGUGACUUGGGUGUGGGGCUUCCAGGGCAGCUGGGCCGGCCUGGUCCCCAAGGAGAGGGGGGCUCAGUAGGGCCUAGUGGGAACCCUGGCCUCCACGGACUGGAUGGACGCCCAGGAUCCCCAGGCAAAGAUGGUCCCGCAGGACCCCAAGGCAUUGUAAGAAAUAAAACAAGAUCAUUUCCUGGAGCUGAUAUAGGAAGUGACCACGAUUUGGUGAUGAUGACCGUCAACAUAAAGCUGAAAAAGCAGAAAAGAGAAAAGAAUUGUAGAAUCAAAUAUGACCUUGAAAAACUAAAAGAUUCAAAUGUCAGAGACGAACUCCAAGCCAGAAUUGAAGGACGUUUUGCUGCUCUCUGGAACUUAGACAAUGUUGAAGAGGUGACCGAAAAGUUCUCGGAAGAAAUGAACAAAGCCACACUAGAAAUACUAGGUAACAAGAAGUCCAAGAAACAUCAAUGGAUUCAAGAUAGAACAUUGAAGCUAUGCGACAAAAGAUGCGAAGCCAAGGCUCUGAAGUACAGCUCUGAAGAAUGCAAGGAGGAAUACAGAAAAUGUAACAGAGAAGUGAAAGCUGUGAUGAAGAAAGAUAAGGAGGAAUGGAUUGAACAAGAAUGUCGAAUUAUUGAUACCAACCUGAGGCACAACAACACUAAAAUGGCUUUCCAAACAGUGAAGAAAUUCACAGAACAAAACACAACAGAGCUCCUCAUAGACGUCCGGCAGAAGGCCGACCCUCUCUCACAGCUGAAACUUAAUGGUGAGGCUGUGGAGAGGGUCAACAGCUUUAAAUACCUGGGAACCACCAUCGACAGCAGGCUGACCCUCAAUGACAACAAUAUGAAUAUUAUCAAGAGAUGCCACCAGAAGACCUACCUACUAUGGAGACUGAGCUCAGCAUUCAACACCAUCGUGCCCUCAAAGCUUGUCACCAAACUCAGGGACAUGAGACUCAAUACCUACCUCUGCAACUGGAUACUGGACUUCCAACAGUUUGCUGAUGACACCGUCUGCCUCAUCACAGAUAGCAAUGAGAUGCCCUACAUGGAAGUGGUAAAAGCCCUGGUGAGGUGGUGCCAGGACAACAACUUCUCCCUCAACAUCAGCAAAACCAACGAGAUGAUCAUGUACUUCAAGAGGCAACGAGAGGGUUGCAGAGGUACUGACGGUAUCCCAGGCCCUGUUGGUCCUGUAGGAAUAUGUACAUCUGGACCACCUGGAGUCCCAGGACCCUCAGGAGAGAGAGGCUUUGCUGGUUUCACAGGGCCCAGGGGACCAAAAGGUCUUCAGGGAGAUGCAGGUCUGCCAGCAGAGGGGACCCUGGGCCCUGUGGGCCCAUAUGGACCCCCAGGGUUUGAUGGAGCCCCAGGCGGCAAAGGACCUAUGGGCCUAAAAGGCUUCAGAGGAAAGGAUGGUGAACGUGGAAACCCUGGUGUCAGAGGAGACGUGGGGCCACCAGGAACCUGUGGGACCCCUGGAAUUGAUGGGGAUCCGGGGCAGGAAGGACGACCAGGACCAAAAGGGGUUAUGGGUGCUGAUGCGGUGAGGGGCCCCCAGGGUCCACCAGGGCCCAGGGGUGAGGUAGGGGAGCCUGGCCCUAAAGGAAGCAAGACUAUUAUAGAGCUGUAUGGAGACCCUGGCAGCACUGGACCUCCGGGGCCUCAUGGUGUGACUGGUCUCAAAGGAGAGGAUGGACUCCAGGGUCCCAGUGGCCCUAAUGGCAAUAAUGGUAACCCUGGCAGUGCUGGACCCCGAGGUCUUCCUGGAGACCCAGGUAGAGAUGGAGAGAAAGGACUUCCUGGUUUCCAUGGUAACCGAGGUAACCAAGGAGACAUGGGGUUGCCAGGUACAAAGGGUGAGAAGGGGGCUGUGGGUGUUCGUGGAGAGUCUGGUCCAGACGGAUCCCCAGGACCCUGUGGACUAAAAGGUUGUAAAGGAGAGCCAAGUCCUCCUGGACCUGGACCUAGAGGCCGGCAAGGAGAGAAGGGAGAUCCAGGCUUCCCAGGAGCUCUAGGAGUCAGGGGUGAGAGAGGGGAGGCAGGCAAGGCUGGACCACCAGGAGCCAUCGGCCCCCAUGGGCCCAAGGGAAGCGAAGGAGCCAUUGGAUCUAGGGGUCUGCCAGGGUUGACAGGUGAAAGGGGUUUUCAGGGGCCUCCAGGAGCCAAUGGCUGUCUAGGACCCAGUGGCCUUAAAGGCAACAUUGGGCCUCCUGGAGAUCCAGGACCAGCCGGUCCCAGAGGAAACCAAGGACAAGACGGGAUACCUGGAUCAGCCGGAGAAAAAGGAAUCAUGGGAGUGCCAGGAGUUGGAGCUCAAGGACCGGAUGGAGAAAUGGGCCACCCUGGGCUGGAGGGAGAUGAGGGGACCCCUGGACACUGUGGUCCUUCUGGGCCCCCGGGCCCCCUCGGAGACAUGGGACCCCCAGGGGUCGGUGGCCCAGCAGGAAAUCCUGGCAGCCCUGGCAGGGAUGGCAUCUGUACUGAAGGUCCUAAAGGAGACAGGGGUCCCAACGGAGCACUGGGACAUACAGGGAAGCAGGGACCUCGUGGCGCCCCAGGCCUUCCGGGUCCCGGUAUCAAAGGAGAGAAGGGCUAUAAGGGUGCUAUGGGCCUGCUGGGAAUAACUGGUUUCCAUGGAGAGCCUGGUUCCCCGGGCCUGCUGGGUCAAGAUGGACGGCCUGGGAUCCCAGGGCCCAAAGGAAUGAUGGGAGUCACUGGAAGCGUAGGACCUGUUGGCCAGAAGGGGGAGCCUGGAAAGCCAGGAGAACGUGGUACUCCUGGAGCUACUGGACCCCCUGGGAAGCCGGGGGCGGCGGGGAGAGACUUCUUUAUAGAGCUGGUGUUGCUGCCAGGAGACAAAGGAUCAGUGGGGCCCCUGGGUGUUAACGGGGAGCUGGGGCUGCUAGGGGCCCCUGGAAGACCUGGCCCUUCAGGUGUGCAGGGCCCGAGGGGUGGUACCGGUCCAGAGGGACCAGCUGGUCUGCCUGGAUUCCACGGGUCAAAAGGAGAGAGAGGUCUCCCUGGACCACAAGGUUUUCAGGGGGAGGCAGGUCCAAUGGGGGCUAAAGGCCCUCGGGGGCCCCCUGGUCCCUACCUUAGCGUCCCAGUAGAACAAGAUGGCUUCAUUUUUACCACACACAGCCAGCAGCAGUAUAUCCCAGAGUGCCCUGCAGGAUCCAGCUUCCUCUACUCUGGUUACUCCCUCCUGUUCAUCAAUGGCAACAACAGAGCACAUGGACAAGACCUGGGUACACUGGGUAGCUGUCUGCCUCUCUUCAACACCAUGCCCUUCCUGUUCUGUAACACUGACAGCACCUGUCGCUAUGCCUCCCGCAACGACUACUCCUAUUGGCUGUCCACUGACCAAUCAAUGCCCAGCGAUAUGGCCCCCCUGUCUGGAGACUUACUGGAGAGAUAUGUCAGCCGGUGUGCUGUGUGUGAAACCACAGCUAACGUGAUGGCAGUCCACAGCCAGACCAGUCAGGUCCCAGUUUGUCCCAGAGGGUGGCGCUCUCUCUGGGCUGGUUACUCCUUUGUCAUGCAAACUGGAGUUGGCUCAGAGGGCAGUGGGCAGCCGCUAGCCUCUCCAGGAUCCUGUCUGCAGGACUUCAGACAGAUUCCCUUCAUCGAAUGUCACGGCAGAGGGACCUGCAACUACUACACCGACUCCUACAGCUACUGGCUGGCGGCUCUGGACCCCAGCGACCUGUUCAGUAAGCCCAGACCUCAGACAGUGAAGGGAGAUUUUCCAGGCAGCAUCAUCAGCCGCUGUCGGGUUUGUAUGAAACAGCGGUAG